GCACGGCAGGCUGAAAGUGAGCUGCUGAGAGAGACGGAUUUCCAGCUGGACGCCAGUGCCGCGUGCUGGCGCCAUCAGCACUACUCAUUUCCAAAGUGAGGCACUUCUGUUUGAGUGUGUCCAUUGCCAAGACAUGAUCACAUCUGGAGAACACGGUCUGCACGUUGUCCCUUCUUCCGAGCAGGCCAUCUGUGCGUCACAUCACGAGACACCCAGUGUCUGUGCGUCACAUCACGGGACACCCCAGUGUCUGCAUCACAUCAUGGGACACCCCAGUGUCUGCAUCACAUCACGGGACACCCCAGUGUCUGCAUCACAUCACGGGACACCCCUGUGUCGGUGCAUCACAUCACGGGACACCCCAGUGUCUGUACGUCACAUCACGGGACACCCCAGUGUCUGCAUCACAUCACAGGACACCCCAGUGUCGGUGCAUCACAUCACGGGACACCCCAGUGUCUGUACGUCACAUCAUGGGACACCCCAGUGUUGGUGCAGUGCAUCACAUCACGGGACACCCCAGUGUCGGUGCAUCACAUCACGGGACACCCCAGUGUCGGUGCAUCACAUCACAGGACACCCCAGUGUCUGCAUCACAUCACGGGGACACCCCUGUGUCUGUGCGUCACAUCACGGGACACCCCUGUGUCUGUGCGUCACAUCACGGGACACCCCUGUGUCGGUGCAUCACAUCACGGGACACCCCAGUGUCUGUGCGUCACAUCACGGGACACCCCUGUGUCUGCAUCACAUCACGGGGACACCCCUGUGUUGGUGCAUCACAUCAUGA